UCUGUGCUUUUCUUCCUUACAGCAGCCCCUGUGACCAUGAGGGUUCUCAUCAUCACUGAUGGAUACCUCUCCUCUGUGGAGAGGGCAAAUCUGUCUCUCCUAUUCAAUCUUGCCCUGCUCUCCCUGAGCAGGAACAGCAUCAAGGAUGUUCAGGAAGAUGCCCUGUAUGGCCUCACAAAGCUGCGGACAUUGUUGCUGGAGCACAACCACAUAUCCAGUUCCUCCCUGGCAGAUCAUACCUUCAGCAAGCUCCGCCACCUACAGGUGCUGGUGUUGAGCAACAAUGCUCUCCACAGCCUGAGAGGGGCCUGGUUCCGACACACCAGGGGCCUGACCCGACUCCAGCUGGAUGGCAAUCAGAUCACUAAUCUCACAGUUAGUUCUUUUGGAGGCACAAAUCUCCACAGUCUCAGGCAUCUGGAUUUAUCUAACAAUUUAAUUUCUUACAUUGAGAAGGAUGCCUUCCGGCCCCUGCCUCAACUACAGGAAGUGAACCUUUCCCAAAAUAGGUUGGCCCACAUGCCAGAUGUUUUUACUCCACUGAAGCAGUUAAACCUUCUGAGCUUAGAUAAGAACCAAUGGAGCUGUACCUGUGAUCUCCACCCCUUGGCCCACUUUCUAAGAAGCUACAUUAAGUCCUCUGCUCACACACUCAGGAAUGCCAAGGACCUAAACUGCCAGCCAUCCCCCACAGCCAUGGCCACUGUAAAGAGUGUGCUGAAGCUGUCUGAGACCAACUGCGAUUCCAAGCCUCCCAACCUCACUCUGGUUCUAAAGGACAGACGUCCCCUCCUUCCAGGACAGGAUGUGGCUCUGCUGACUCUCCUUGGCUUUGCAGGAGCUGUUGGUCUCACUUGCCUAGGUUUAGUUGUAUUUAACUGGAAACUCCAACAAGGCAAAGCAAAUGAACACACAUCAGAAAACCUUUGUUGCAGAACCUUGGAUGAAUCCCUGUGUGCUCAUGAGGCAAGAAAUUACCACGCUAAGGGAUACUGUAACUGCCACUUAACUCAGGAAAACGAGAUAAAGGUCAUGUCCAUUGUGGGGUCCAGAAAGGAAAUGCCACUUUUACAGGAAAACAGCCAUCAAGCAACAUUGGCCUCUGAGUCCACAGCCCCUGACGGAUCAUUUAGAAACUUGAAAGGGAAGGACCAUGAGGCAGACAGCACUUUCUUUUGCCUGGAUAGCAGAUUGCUGCAGACAGGAUAUUCAGAUCCUCCUGGGAAUAGGGCAGUUUUUAAUGAUGCAGGCUUAGUUACAAGAUAUUGUCCAAAAAGAGUUGAAAAGCUAAGGAAUCCUGAGCCUGGAGAAGUCCAAUCUCAAACCCUGCCACAGCAUGUAACAAGAACAAUAG